CUUUCGCUGUCUGGGCUCUUCAAGGCUGGUAUGGGAGCACCUUGAUUAUUAGGAAGGAAGCCAAAGCUGGAGAUGUUUUCACUGCUGGAGUAUGUAUAAUAUAUGCAGGACUUGCCCUUGGAGGGGCUUUGAUCAAUGUGAAGUACUUUGCAGAGGCAAAUGCUGCAGCUUCUAGGCUAUUUGAGAUGAUCAAGCGAGUUCCGAAGAUUGACUCUGCAGAUCAACAAGGCAAAACUGUGUCAAAUUUUAAAGGUGAUUUGGAAUUUAAAGACAUAGACUUUGCAUAUCCUUCAAGAAUAGAAAGUUUGGUAUUAAAGAAGUUUAAUCUGAGAGUAACAGCAGGCCAAACUGUUGGGUUGGUAGGAAAAAGUGGGUCAGGUAAAUCAACAGUUGUAAAUUUGCUUGAAAGAUUCUAUAACCCUAUUAGAGGAGAAAUCUACUUGGAUGAUAUUGACAUAAGGAGUCUCCAGUUGAAAUGGUUGCGUAGUCAAAUGGGCCUAGUAAGCCAAGAGGCUAUACUUUUUGCAACCACAAUCAAAGAAAAUAUCCUCUUUGGCAAAGAGGAAGCUUCAAUAGAGGAGAUUAUCAAAGCAGCUAAAGCUGCCAAUGCACACAAUUUCAUCAAUCAACUACCAAAUGGAUAUGACACCAUGGUUGGGCAACUGGGAAUUCAGAUGUCAGAAGGACAGAAACAAAGGAUAUCCAUUGCAAGGGCAUUGUUAAGGGACCCAAAAAUCCUACUGCUGGAUGAAUCCACAAGCGCAUUGGAUUCCCACUCUGAAAAGGCUGUACAAGAUGCUUUGGAUCAGGCGUCUCUAGGAAGAACUACCAUUAUCAUUGCACACCGUCUUUCAGCUCUUCGCAAUGCUGACUUCAUUGCAAUUAUUCAAUCUGGAAAAGUGGUGGAAACAUGUUCUCAUUAUCAACUGAUGGAAAACAGUAGCUGCCUUUACUCAUCAAUGGUACAGCUGCAGAGAACUUUUAUAAAUGAUGGGAUUGCAUCAACAUCUAAAGGAAUUGAACUGAACAGUUCCAUUUCCAUAGACAAAGCAAGUUCAAGAACAGAAAAAACAGAAAAUAUUUCGGCUUUGCAAAGUUUCAGUCAUGAUCUGCAAGGAGAUCACAAAGAUUCCCCACCUUUAUGGCACCUAUUGUGCAUGGCUUCACCUGAGUGGAAGUCACCUGAGUGGAAGUCAACUGUUUUGGGUUGCAUUGGUGCCUUUUGUUAUGGAUUGAUUCAGCCUUUGCACUCUUUCUGCUUGGGUGGGAUUCUAUCUGUUUAUAUAAUAGAUGAUCAUAGUGAGAUUAAAUCACAGACCAGAAUCUACUGCUUUGCGUUUAUAUCCUUUGCCAUCUUUGCUUUUAUCACCAAUGUGUUUCAGCAUUACUACUUCGGGAUUAUGGGAGAGAGCUUGACAAAAAGGGUCAGAGAGACCCUGUUUGUAAAGAUCUUAACAUUUGAGAUCGAGUGGUUUGACCAAGAAAACAACAACAGUGGAGCUGUCUGUUCAAGAUUGGCCACAGAUGCAACUAUGGUGAGGACUCUUGUUGCAGAUCGCUUGUCAUUGUUAGCUCAAAACAUGUCUUCAAUGGUUUUAGCUAUUGUUUUGGGUAUGGUGCUGUCAUGGAAGCUUGCACUCAUAGCUAUCAGUAUGCAACCAUUUAUAAUUGGUGCCUUCUAUACUAAAGCAACAAUGAUGAGGAACAUGUCUAGGAAAUUAGUGAAAGCACAGAACAAGAGCGGUGAAUUAGCAAGUGAGGCAGUAGGAAACCACAGAAUUAUUACAGCAUUCUAUUCACAAGAAAAGAUUCUGAAACUUCAUGAAUUAACACAGAUAAGCCCUAAAAAAGAAAGCAACAGGCAAUCUUGGUAUGCAGGAAUUGGAUUAUUAGUUUCACAGUUCCUAACAGCAGCCAAUCCAGCAGUAAUUUUCUGGUGUGGUGGGAAACUACUAUAUGCACAAGAUAUAACAUACAAGCACCUCUUUCAGACAUUCUUCGUCCUUGUAUCAACAGGUAGGGUCAUAGCAGAGACAGGAAGCAUGACAGCAGACUUAUCAAAGGGAACCAGUGCAUUGAAAUCAAUUUUUGAGAUCCUGAAAACAAAGAGCAAAAUUGACCCAGAUGAUUCAAAUGCCAUUAAGCCACAAAAGCUCAAUGGAGACAGAGAAUUUAAAGAUGUGGAUUUCUUCUAUCCAUCCAGGCCUAAACAGAUUCUCUUGAAGCAUCUAAACCUAAAAAUUGAUGUGGGAGAAGUUGUUGCUCUAUUGAAGUUGAUGGACUUGACAUCAAGCUCUACAAUUUAA